CCUUCCCAUGGUUCGGCAUGGAUAUUGGUGGAACUCUGGUUAAACUUGUCUACUUUGAGCCUAAAGACAUCACGGCAGAGGAAGAACAAGAAGAGGUUGAAAACCUGAAAAGCAUUAGAAAAUACUUGACUUCAAAUACAGCCUAUGGUAAAACUGGAAUCCGAGAUGUCCAUUUGGAACUGAAAAAUCUGACCAUGUGUGGCCGUAAAGGCAAUUUGCACUUUAUCCGCUUUCCCACCUGUGCUAUGCAUAGGUUCAUUCAGAUGGGAAGCGAGAAGAACUUCUCCAGCUUACACACUACACUGUGUGCCACAGGAGGUGGGGCGUACAAGUUUGAAGAAGACUUUAGGACGAUAGCUGACCUCCAGCUCCAUAAACUGGAUGAACUGGACUGCUUGAUCCAGGGCCUUCUCUACAUGGAUUCAGUGGGAUUUAAUGGACGACCAGAGUGUUAUUAUUUUGAAAACCCAACGGACCCAGAGCAGUGUUUGAAGAAGCCAUAUUGCCUUGAUAAUCCUUACCCUAUGUUGCUGGUUAAUAUAGGGUCAGGAGUCAGUAUCCUUGCAGUAUAUUCUAAAGACAACUAUAAAAGAGUAACUGGGACCAGUCUGGGAGGAGGAACAUUCCUUGGCCUGUGCUGCUUGCUGACGGGUUGUGAAACAUUUGAAGAGGCUUUGGAAAUGGCUGCUAAAGGAGACAGCACAAAUGUCGAUAAACUUGUGAAAGACAUCUAUGGUGGGGACUACGAACGCUUCAGUCUUCAGGGCUCUGCUGUUGCCUCUAGUUUUGGCCAUAUGAUGAGCAAGGAAAAAAGAGAUACCAUCAGUAAGGAGGACUUGGCAAGAGCGACACUGGUUACCAUUACAAAUAACAUAGGGUCAAUUGCCCGUAUGUGUGCCCUUAAUGAGAACAUUGACAGAGUAUUAUUUGUGGGGAACUUUCUACGAAUUAACAUGGUUUCAAUGAAGCUGCUAUCUUAUGCCAUGGAUUACUGGUCGAAAGGACAACUCAAAGCCCUUUUUCUGGAGCAUGAGGUAAGAGACGUUGUAACAGUGUAUUAA